AUGAAAAAGAACCCUGACUAAACUUCAGUUUAAAGAAGUAAUUUGACAUAUAUUUUUUAAAAAGAUAGUUAAGAAUGUAAAUCAGGUUCGAUUGGUCGAUUUUCAAUAUUUCUGUUGAGCAACAAGUCGAAAAAAAGACUUCAAAGGGUAAUUGAUUUUUGUUUGGGUAAAUAUUCAAUUAGCUAUUAUUAGAUUUCUUAAUUUAAUCAAUAAGAGAGGCGAAUAUUAUUUACUAUUAAAGUAAAGGGUUGCAAUUUAAUAGGUAGAAAAUUUAAAUUAUUGGCAAUUCAGAGGACAGAAGAAUUACCACUAAUAGCAUCAUUAGGAUUAAAAUUGAAUAAUCGCAUUCUUUACAUCCAACAAUUAUAAUGUAGCCACAAAAAGGAAUAUGUUAAUAAAUGUUAAGGAUCACACUACAAUUGUGAUAUCACAUUAAAAUAAAUUUGGAACAGUAUAUAUAAAAAUUGA